AAGACAAACAUGAAUCAUCAUUCACAAUAACACCUUGAGAUGUUUGUAUGGUAUUGUUACUGUUUGAGGAAUAUAAAUUAGGAGAAAUUUAAGCUCCUUCUGUUCUUCUUUAUGACUAUCUGCAAAAUGGCAGAGAUGGGUGGAUUGUAGCUCCAUCAAUCCCAGAGACCAGGACUAAAGAGGUGAUGAAAUAUUUUGUCAUUGGAUUAAAAAUAUCAUCACUCAGAAAUGUUGUGAUCUUUUCAGAUGGGGCACAUGCCCUCAACCCAGACUGCCUUGGUUAAAAGGAUGUGCAAUGUAACAGAAUUCAUCUUGCUGGGCCUAACUCAGAAUCCACAACUGCAGAAACUCUUAUUCCCUGUGCUUUCAAUCACCUACCUGAUGACAUUGGCAGGUAAUCUGCUCAUCUCGGUCACUAUCUUCAUCAGCCCAGCCCUGGGAUCUCCCAUGUACUUUUUUCUGUCCUGUUUGUCCAUUAUAGAUGCUUUCUACUCUUCCUCCAUAGCUCCCAAAAUGAUCUUUGACUUGAUCUCUGAGAAAAACACCAUAUCCUUCAAUGGCUGCAUGACUCAGCUCUUUGCUGAACAUUUAUUUGCUGGAGCUGAGAUCAUUUUGUUACUUGCAAUGGCCUAUGACCGCUACGUGGCCAUCUGCAAGCCCUUACACUACACAACCAUCAUGAACAGGCCUCUAUGUAGUUUUCUGGUGGGAAUGGCUGGGAUUUUGGGAUUUAUUCAUGGAGAGAUCCAGCUAUUGUUCAUGGUCCACUUACCAUUUUGUGGCCCCAAUGUCAUUGACCAUUUUAUGUGUGAUUUAAUACCUCUCCUGGAGCUGGUCUGCAUAGACACUCACACUUUGGGGCCUCUGAUGGCUGCCAAUAGUGGCUCACUUUGUUUGCUCACUUUUUCUAUGCUGGUCACUUCCUAUGUCAUCAUCCUGCACUCCCUGAAGUCUUACAGCUCUGAAGGGCGCCGCAAAGCCCUCUCUACAUGUGCUUCUCAUGUCACUGUGGUCAUCUUAUUCUUUGUACCUUGUUCAUUCCUGUACCUAAGACCCAUGACCUCCUUCCCUGCUGACAAAGCUGUGACUGUAUUUUGCACCCUAGUAACUCCUAUGUUGAACCCUUUAAUCUAUACCCUAAGAAAUGCAGAAAUGAAAAACAUCAUGAAGAAGCUCUGGGAUCAAAAAAUGAACACUGGUGAUAGAUAA